AUGGAAUACCGUUCUUCAGUAGAAAAUUUGGAUGAAGAUGGAUAUACUCAAUUAGACUUCAGCUCUCGCAACAUCAUCAGGAGAUCGGUGGUCUCAGAGAAAGGACUUUGUGCUACAUUCCCUCGUUGGCGUACCAUUGCUGUGACUUUGGGAAUUUUAUGCUUCAUAGUGCUCGUGAUAAGUGUGGUCCUGGGUACCAUGGCUAUUUGGAGAUCCAGUUCAGGGAGCAACCAGCUGAAGAAUAACAACUUUCCAUCCAGAAAUAAAGAGAACCACAGUCAACCCACACAAUCAUCUUUAGAAGAUAAUGUGGAUCCUACCAAGGCUUUCACGACCACAGGAACUCUUUCUAGCUCUUGUCCUCGUAAUUGGAUCACACAUCAGAAUAGCUGUUAUCUAUUUAGCACAUCAUUAGAUUCCUGGGAUACAAGUAAAAGACGAUGCUUUCAACUGGGUUCUAAUCUCCUGAAGAUAGACAGCUCAGAAGAGUUGGAAUUUAUAUCAAGGCAACUGUCUUCCCAACCUGACCAUUCAUUUUGGAUAGGGCUUUCUCGCCGUCAGACUGAAGAACCAUGGCUCUGGGACGACGUCUCGAUGUUGUCACCUAACUUGUUUCAAAUCAGAAGCACAGCUACCGAAAAAGGCUCAUCUCACAAUUGUGUAUGGAUUCAUGCGUCAGUCAUUUACGACCAGCUUUGCAGUGUGCCUUCAUACAGUAUUUGUGAGAAGAAGCUGUCAGUAUAACGUUGGGGGCAUCACUGUGGAGGAGCAGAGAGAAGCGUGUAAGAUAGUAAGGAGGGUAUAAAACCAAAGAGAAAAGAGAGCUAUAUGAGGUCAAAAUAAAUGCUGAAAUAUCAAGAGAGCUCAGCCAACUUUAAUUUUAGCUGAGAAACAGGACGGAGAGGCUGUGAUUUCUACUCACCAACUCUCUCAGGUGGUCAGUAUUGUAUUCCAGUUAUUAAAGCCCUAGAAAUGGAGUCAGGGCAGCCAACCUUAAAUUUUCAUUCGGCCAUUGACUUGGUAUUUACCUGGGAUCAGCCACAAGUUCUUGUUGUUUCAAGAUCUCAGUUCUGACUGUACCAGAGUUGUCUUUUUGUCCUUAAAAAGUGCCACUGGAGUUCAUGUGGUGUGUUUCCAUGAUUUAUUCCUCCACUUUUACAGUGUAUCAGACAUGGGUGGAAAUAUGUUUUGAAUAGCUAAAUGAAGAAAAGAAAAAAAAAACUUUACUAAAAUCAGAGCCAUUUUGUUAUUUUAUUCAUAAACAUGCUCAUGAUUAUGAUGAAGAGCAUCAUAAAAAAUCGUCAGUUCCAUCUUCUCUUUUCUCAAAUAAUGGAGAGAAUGUGUCUGCCGUAUCUCUGACUGACAGAAUCUUGUGUAAUGUGAAAUUGCAGGGAAUCCACUUUUAUAAGAAAGCUUUCUCCUUUUU